AUCAGACUUCUAGAGGAAAGAUAUCGGCCUUGGAAUUAUUCUGCUUGUACCACGCAAGGUAGAGGAAAACCAAUCCAACAUGUCGUCAAACAUCACCUUAUCGUGUCCGAGCGUUACAAAACACUCUUCUGUUUCGUUCCUAAAGUAGCAUGUAGCAACUGGAAACGAAUUUUUCACGUUUUAGAUGGACAUUUCAACUCGUCGAAAGAUAUCUCCCACAAUGCUUCGCACGAAUCAGGAAGGUUACGCUUUUUGAAACAUUAUUCAAAUGCUACAGUGGUAAAUCACAUGUUAAAAACAUACAAAAAGAUUGCAUUUGUUCGCGAACCUAUGGAGCGAUUUCUGUCGGCCUACCGGAGCAAAUUUGCACCCGUUGAUCCCCCUAGGAAGGGAUAUUAUUACAAAAUCGGCCAAGAAAUCAUCAGAAUCGUGCGGCAGAACUCUACGGGGUUAACUCCACAUUAUCCCACAUUUAAGGAAUUCGUAACUUACACAAAUACUACGCCUGUUAGCUCUCAUGAUGAACACUGGGAUCUUCAGCAUAAUUUAUGCGCGCCGUGUGAUAUAAAUUAUGACUUUGUUGGCUUUUAUGAUAACAUCAAAGCAGAUGCUCACCUCGCUCUUAUGUUGAUGGGAGCUGAUGGAGAGGUUACAUUCCCAAACAUCGAAGCUGCACCCGAGGGACAAGGAUCACAAACGAAGAUGAAGACUUUCUAUUCAGGAAUAUCACAAGAAGAAUUCACACGACUGCAGAAUAUCUACGCAAAAGACUAUGACAUUUUUGGAUUCAAAAAGCCCAGUUAUCAAGAAAUAGUGAAUCACUGA